AUGUACAUCACAGGACUUCCCAUUGAUGGAAAACAGAUUUCAGGAUUUGAACCAGGGGAUCCUAUUGAGACAAUAGUAAAUCAUUUGUCCCUACAUCCAGUUGAAGCUAAUGAUUUGCUAUUGCCUAAUAAGAGAGGAAAAAAGUCUCAUAAUAUAAGUUUAAAACCCGUGCAUGCUACCCUCAAGGCUUCAAUGAAUAAAGUAAGACAGGGAAAUAAAACGUUGACCGGUUUUGCAUAUCUCUUGAUGGUAUUUGCAUUUGAACGAUUCAAGUGCCUUCGCGAGAUAUUUAAUUUUGCUAUACCGAGUCAAUUUCCGUUGAUGUUGGGAUGGGCGAAUGAAACAAGUGAGAUUCUUAGGAAUAGAUGUUUAAUGCCUACCAUGGAAACUUGCUUUGAUAAGCUUCGUGAAAUGGCGGAUGAAGAUUUGGGGUUGGAGCUGGGAGAUUUGAAAAAAUGCGAUGAUUUUAGAAUAAAAAUGACACUAAAGGAAAGAGGCCCGGGAAAAGAUAAAAAUUGGAGGGAUUUCACUUCGUUUUAUAGGCAUUGCAAUACGCGGUGGACGAAAAGGAAUAUGCACCUUAUCAAAAAGGAUUUUUCCAUGUUUGGACCGCUAAUGAAUUAUUUACAGGAGGGAGAUGUUGAUGAACGUGAAACCGAAUCCCCUCCUAGGUGUAAUUUGCCUACACCUCGAGAUGAAGUUCAGGCCCCUUCUUCGACUCUUCUCUAUCGCAUGAAGCCUUAUCCAUCCAGACGCCUCAGGAAGUCUUAUAUGUCUCCACAGUCUACGGUGCUGCAUGUCUGCCUCUGCUGCCCCAACUGGCCUCAGAUUCUAUUAGGCACUUGGAUUAUGUUAUUUAGAGCUUGUGUUAGUGUUACUUUAGUUGUGAUUUAUGUUUUAACUCGUGCUUAUGAACUUAUGUUUAUUGGAGAUUUUAGAAUAUAUCGUUUCGAUGCUCAAACAAUGAUUAAAGUCUUAUCCUCCCAGAUGUCUCCACAGUCUACGGUAUUUCAUUCCUUUUUUUUAGGUUUAAUAGCACUUUUUAUCUUUGACGAACUAAAAUUUGGAUGGCUAGGUUGUGAUGCUCAUAUUGUUGUUGCCCCAGGUGCUGCAUGUCUGCCUCUGCUGCCCCAACUGGCCUCAAAUUCUAUUAGGCACUUGGAUUAUGUUAUUUAG